AUGCAGACUAGCAGCUGCAACGGGGGCCAACUGACUGCGGGAAGUGUUCGGGGGGGGCUCUCCGGCGCGCGCGAAGAUCAGAGGGGGAAAACCCCACACGACGAUUUCGCCAGAGAGAGACGAUGGCGGGGCUUCUCCAGACGAGAGGUGGUGACCCUCAUCCUCCAGUGUAUGAGCGAGCUCGGCUACCACAAUGCUGUGAAGACACUGGAGGAAGAAAGCGGCUUCUUUCUGGAGGACCCCUCCAUUACGGUGCUUCACGAGGCGGUGCUGCAGGGGAAGUGGGUCGACGUGCAAACACACCUGAAUGCGCUGCCUCUGAGGCCGCAGAUUCGCAAGGCGUGCUGGUUCCUCGCUGUCGAGCAGAAAUAUUUUGAGGCUCUUGUCCGUGGAGAUGAAGGUGAAGCCAUUCGUUGUCUCAGAGAGGAGCUCCAGCCCGCGGUCUUCGACUCCAGCACGUCCCGACGGCUGCAGGCAUGCAGCGCGCUAUUGAUGCAGUCAGAGCCCGGCGCUCUGCUGGAAAAUCUUUCCGUUCUCUCGGAUACGCUGCGGUCGAAUCUCUGGUUGCGCAUGAAACAUCUUCUCCCCCCGACUCUGUCUCUUCCGAACAGCCGUCUGGCGGUGCUUCUCGCGUAUGCCUUGCAGCACCAGACUCUCAUGUGUCUGUUCCACAACACGAAUACGUCUCUGGAGUCGUACUCCCUCCUCCACGACCACCACUGUCACCACUACGAUCCUUGUUCUCUCUCGCUGCCCCUCGGCGCCCUGCACGGGCCUCUCCCAGGCGCUGGCGACGUCGGCCAGUGGGGGGGAGGGCAGCUGAGAGGAGAGGCCACCGCUCUAAAGCAUGCUCACAUCCACCACGCUCCUGCGGCGCAUGCCGAGGAGGCUUACCGGCGGUCUCGGAGGGGAGCGGCGGCGUCUGGAGAAGCCGCGACAGCCGCGCUAUUGGGCACAGAUGUGAAACCCUCAGCAGCCUCCCCGAGCGCUCUUGCCGGGGGGUCGCCUCGAACAGCGGCCGCGCGUGAGAGCUUCGCCUUGGCGUCUCCUUCGCUGAGUCAAGGCUACGCAGCGACCGCACCGGUCCCUGCAUUAUCUGGCUACAAUCCCCGGAGAGUCUCUGCCAACGGAUCUGUCUCCGGCACCGUGGGCUCCACCGAGCGCGACUUCGUUUCGGGGCCCGUGUGUGGGCGCAGCUCGCUUCCCGUGUACCUGGACCGGUCUCUCGAAGCGCACACCGACGAAGUCUGGGUUGUCGCUGCGUCGCCAGUGACAGGGUGCUUUUUUGCGUCGGGGUCCAAAGACAGGAGCAUUGCGGUGUGGAGAGUCCAGCCGAAAGCUCGCUUGCCUUUCUCCUCGCGGUCGCUUUCGGGAGCAGCGAUCUCAGAUGCAGCGCCUGGGCACCCAACUGGCUGUUGCGUGACGGCAGACAAGGAGAGUGGGCUAGCAGCAGCCGACGACCCGGGAGGGGAUUUGGGAACUUCCUCUUCUUUCCUCCGUCAUCGCUCGGAUUCAGCGGCGCCCAGAGGCUCUUCGUCGUCGGGGACGCAAGACCGCACUCCGCGGCAGCGGAACGGAGAGCGGCGAAAUGGGAUGCGGCUUGGCGACGAUCAGCAGGAGGGCUGCCCGCGAGCAUCGGAGCUUGCAGUCUGCGCUUUUGACGAGGAAGACGCGGAGGUGGAGGAAGUGUGCGAGCUGCUGUGGCAGUCGGUGGGCCACGACGAUGCGGUGGCAUACAUUGCGUGGUCGCGUGAUGAGCGCAUGCUGGCUUCUGGCGGUCAGGACGGAUACGUCUGUGUGUGGGAUAGGGAGAACGGGCGGGCGCCUCUGGCGCGGAUCAACGCGCACUCGCAAGCAGUCACGGCCGUUGGGUGGCUGAAAGGCAGCAACGCUCUAGUCAGCGGCGGAAGCGAUAAAAAAGUCGCUCUGUGUUCGCUUGCCUACGGAGACGGCAGCAGCGGCACUCGGGGCUGGCACAUCACGUGCGAUUUCACUUGGGCUCUCGGAUGCCGAGUUCAGGACCUUGCGGUGCUUCGGGAUGGACUCAGAAUCAUAUGCGUCACUCAAGACAAGCAGCUAAGGAUUCUCGACACCAAGCACCGCGUAGAAAUGAUCAGCAUUCCCUUCACGGAAGUCAUUUACUCCGUCUGCGCCUCGGCACUGUCGAAUCAAUUCCUCAUUCACUUCGCCGACGCUCGCCCGGUUGUGCGGCUCUGGGAUGUAGACGAGCGCCGCUCAGUCCAGCGCUACCGCGGCCACAAACAGGGUUGCUACGUCAUCAGAUCCACGUUCGGUGGUGUCAACGAGGCUUUCGUGGUCAGCGGCUCCGAAGAUUCUCAGGUCUACAUUUGGCAUCGCUUUUACGGGUCCCUGCUUUUCGUUUUAAGCGGGCAUGCCUCGACGGUGAACGCAGUUGCGUGGCCGCACCAUAACGGUGGUCUCUGGAUGGUUUCCGCCUCCGACGACCACGUCAUCCUCUUUUGGCAAGGCCGGCGACGUAAGACUUUUCACUUUUUCCUCAGUGCCUCUGAAGAUGAAACAGACGAGAACGUGCAGCAUCCCGGCACCGCUUUGCAAGAUCAAGAGAAAACCCGAGUCGAUGGUGCGCACAGUGACCGCUGA